UUCCAUAAAUACCACUCUCUCUCUUCUCUAAAACCCUCUCAAUAAUUUCAUUCAUUUUCUCCGAUCACUUUCUCCGAUCUUCUGUGCUAAAAAUUCAUCGGAAUUUUUCAGUUUCAUAGCAAAAAAUGAGUAGCAAUCCAAAGGGAAGAACAACAAUUGAAGUAGGAGCUGAUGGAGUUGCUGUUAUUACAAUUAUUAAUCCUCCUGUCAAUUCCCUUUCCUUAGAUGUGCUGUACAGCUUGAAAGAGAGCUAUGAGCAGGCCUUAAAAAGGGAUGAUGUGAAAGCAAUUGUUGUGACAGGUGCAAAUGGCAAGUUCUCUGGUGGUUUUGAUAUCAGUGCCUUUGGUAAACUGCAAGGAGGAACAGUCGAAUCACCAAAACCUGGUUUUAUAGCUGUGGAGAUUCUCACCGACACUGUGGAAGCUGCAAGAAAACCUUCCGUGGCGGCAAUUGAUGGUCUCGCUCUAGGUGGAGGACUAGAAGUUGCAAUGGCUUGUCAUGCACGUAUUUCUACUCCCAAUGCACAACUUGGAUUGCCAGAACUUCAACUUGGAAUACUUCCUGGAUUUGGAGGUACUCAGCGGCUUCCACGCCUCGUGGGUCUUGCUAAGUCCCUCGAAAUGAUGCUAACGUCCAAGCCCGUUAAAGGAGAGGAAGCUUUUAAUGUGGGCCUUGUUGAUGCUGUAGUUUCAUCAAACCAAUUAUUGGAUACUGCUCGUAAGUGGGCUCUUGAUAUUUUGGAACGCAGAAAACCUUGGGUUGCCAGUCUUCAUAAAACUGAUAAGAUAGAGCCUCUUGGUGAGGCAAGGGAAAUAUUAAAGUUUGCAAGAGUUCAAACGCGCAGACAGGCUCCAAAUCUCCAGCAUCCGUUAGUCUGCAUUGAUGUUGUUGAAGAGGGUAUAGUGUCUGGUCCACGUGCUGGGCUUUGGAAGGAGGCUGAAGCAUUCCAAGGUCUUCUACAUUCAGACACUUGCAAGGCCUUGGUCAACAUUUUCUUUGCUCAACGUGGAACCACAAAGGUACCAGGGGUGACUGACUUAGGAUUGGUACCACGACGCAUAAAAAAGGUUGCAAUUCUUGGAGGUGGUUUAAUGGGUUCUGGAAUUGCAACUGCACUGCUGCUUAGUGGCUAUCCGGUGAUCUUGAAAGAAGUUAAUGACAAAUUCCUACAGGCUGGGAUGGGUAGAGUAAAAGCCAAUUUGCAAAGCAGCGUCAAGAAAGGGAAAAUGAGUCAAGAGAAGUGUGAAAAAACCCUCUCCCUACUCAAGGGUUCUCUUGAAUAUGAAGGUUUUAGAGAUGUGGACAUGGUCAUUGAGGCUGUCAUCGAGAAUGUAUCUUUAAAGCAGCAAAUAUUUGCCGAUCUUGAGAAGUAUUGCCCUCCACAUUGCAUUCUAGCAAGUAACACUUCUACGAUUGACUUGAAUUUGAUUGGGGAAAAGACCAAAUCUCAAGAUCGUAUUAUUGGAGCUCACUUUUUCAGUCCGGCUCAUGUGAUGCCACUUUUGGAAAUUGUCCGCACCCAAAAGACAUCACCCCAAGUAAUUGUAGACUUGCUUGAUGUUGGCAAGAAGAUAAGGAAAACCCCUGUGGUAGUUGGGAACUGCACUGGUUUUGCUGUCAACAGAAUGUUCUUUCCUUACACCCAAGCUGCUCUUUUGCUAGUUGAACGUGGAACAGAUGUCUACCGCAUCGAUAAGGCCAUUACUAGAUUUGGCAUGCCAAUGGGCCCCUUCAGAUUAUGUGAUCUUGUUGGUUUUGGUGUUGCAAUUGCCACUGGUGGGCAAUUCGUGAUGACUUUCCCCGAGAGAACUUACAAAUCAAUGUUGAUACCACUCAUGCAAGAAGAUAAAAGAGCUGGUAUGAUUCCCAUAUUCUGAAAAACCGGACAGAUU